CAGAGAGAAAGCAUUCUGCCAGCCCAGCUCCUAGAAAUCGCAAUCACUUCCUAACCUCCCCCUUUUUAACAUAUUUGAUCACUUUGAUUCUCUGAUCUUUUUCUUAUUAUUUUUACGCGCAUGAAGGAGGCUCUGUAGGUUGUGAUCUUUUUUUCAUUACUACUCUUGCUUGCCGGAGAGUUGACUUCAUCAUAUUUGACUCAAGCACUGGCUUUGGCUCACGCUGGUGUUGCCUCAAUAGGAAGAAAAGGAAGAAGCAGCAUUAUUUUUUAUCAGUUGAUGGUUUUCUUCGGAACUUCUCAAGGAACUUGGGAUCGAUCGCUCGCUGUUGGUGUCUAAGAGUUGACUUGGGCUUUUUGCAUCUUUUUGUGCAUCUGCUACAUCGCUAUCCUUCAGCCGACGCACCGGUUGCCUGUGUAUAUCGCUUGUCUUAUUACUAUUAUUGUUUUUAUCAUUUUCCUUCAUUUCUUCCUUAAUGGGUUUCCUGAAUGGCUGACUGCAAGCGUCCCUGGAUUUGGCCUCUGAGCUCCCGGCUGCUCUUCAGCUCGUCACCGCAUCAGGUUUAAAACAUCAGCGUACGCGUUUCUUCGCUGAAAGAAACACAAUUUUGUGCAAGUUUCCGCGGACAAUCCAUCAAAAUAUAGCUAUCGUUUACUAUAAAUAAUUUCAUACGGUUUUACUUGCCGGUGAUAGUGCACUGCGUUAUUUCAACACUGUAAUCAAAGCCGUGCGAAACCAAAAAACGGGAGACAAAAAGUUUCUUAACGUUGACUGACAGAUAUGGCAAUGGUAGUGUGGAGGGGCUCACAGGACGAUGUUGCCGAGACUCAGGGCACCCUCUCUUCGCAAGCCCCACAAGGAGGACCGCUAUCUCUUCCUACCGCUCAGCCAGGCCAGCUGAACCUUGCGGGCUCGCAGGUCGCCCCUCCGACCCCCCAGACGCCCGUUCAAGGCGGACCCCCGAACAAUACAGCACAGUCUACGCCGACGAACCAGACGACUCAGAGCCAAGCGGAAAAACAGCCCCAGCACAUCGAAUGCGUGGUUUGCGGGGACAAAUCGAGUGGUAAACACUAUGGCCAGUUCACAUGCGAGGGGUGCAAAAGCUUCUUCAAACGGAGCGUACGGAGGAACCUUAGCUACACAUGCCGUGCCAACAGGAACUGUCCCAUUGACCAGCACCACCGCAAUCAGUGUCAAUACUGUCGCCUCAAAAAAUGCCUAAAAGUUGGCAUGCGACGGGAAGUUUCUGUCUUUACUGCAGCGGUUCAAAGAGGACGGAUGCCACCCACGCAGCCACACCACGGCCAGUUCGCCUUGACAAACGGGGACCCUCUGCAUUGCCAUUCUUACCUAUCCGGAUAUAUCUCUCUUCUCCUGAGAGCGGAGCCCUACCCGACGUCCCGGUAUGGCAGCCAGUGUAUGCAGCCAAAUAACAUCAUGGGCAUCGAGAACAUUUGUGAACUGGCGGCCCGGAUGCUCUUUAGCGCCGUGGAGUGGGCUAGGAAUAUUCCCUUCUUUCCAGACCUGCAGAUUACGGACCAGGUGGCCCUUCUGAGGUUAACCUGGAGUGAGCUGUUUGUGCUGAACGCGGCACAGUGCUCCAUGCCACUGCAUGUGGCUCCUCUUCUGGCGGCGGCAGGCCUACACGCCUCUCCCAUGUCUGCGGACCGAGUUGUCGCCUUUAUGGACCACAUUAGGAUCUUCCAAGAACAAGUGGAGAAGCUGAAAGCUUUGCAUGUCGACUCCGCUGAAUACAGCUGCUUAAAGGCCAUAGUACUUUUCACCUCAGAUGCUUGCGGUCUUUCCGAUGUGGCUCACGUGGAAAGUUUGCAAGAGAAAUCCCAAUGUGCUCUGGAGGAGUACGUUAGGAGCCAGUACCCUAACCAGCCAACUCGAUUUGGGAAGCUUUUACUCCGCCUGCCCUCUCUUCGCACGGUCUCCUCUUCGGUCAUAGAGCAAUUAUUUUUCGUCCGUUUGGUAGGUAAAACCCCAAUUGAAACCCUCAUAAGAGACAUGUUGCUUUCGGGAAGUAGUUUCAACUGGCCUUACAUGUCAAUUCAAUAAGCAGGAUGGGAGCACGAGAAGACUAAGAUAGUUAGCGUUUGUUUUAGAAGGAAAAUCGCUGUUACACCAGUUUACUUACACGAAGAAAGACAAUUUCAGAAAAGACUGUGAAUAAAAAAAAAAACAGACAUUCAGUGAACUUUUACAAUCCAGAAAAA